AAUCUUUUCGUUUCGCUAGCUUACACAGACAAUUUGUUUGCUCAGCUUGAGGCUUAAUUUGGGAAGAUCCCGGGCUAUAAAUCUGGCACAUGGUGGAUGUAUACUCAUUAUUGUAAUGGAUCUCUAUAAGUCAUCACUUCUCGUGGUGCUGCUUUGCGGAUUUUUCCAUCUAAGUUUGGCUCAGAUCAGAGAUUGUUCCGGAGCUUGUACCUUACAGUUUCGAUGCGAUCCCUACGCCAAAAAUCUUAUCUGGGCAGUUUCAGGAGGUGUUUGUCGCGUUUUUCAGAGCUCGUGCUUUCUUGGAUCCCACAACUGUCUAAGGGAAAACCAGUGCUUGCAACCUUUGGUUCCCACUAAUCAGGAUAAGUGCAUGGCCCAUUGCCCAAGUAGUUGCUCUUCAAGUGGUCUACAAGUUUGUGCCUCCUUUUCCUACGUGGACACCAAUGGAGUCAAAAGAGAUCGCCAAAUGGUCUUUCAGAGCCGCUGUCAUUUGAAUCAGUAUGCAUGCCAAAAUUCUAAUGCAUAUAUAGGUGACCCCUCAAACGGCUCCUGCUCUUAAACAACUUAUUAUAUCAAACUCUUUUAAAAACAGAGACGACUAUAGGGAGCACUACAAAUUUGAAUUGUAUUUCUUAUUCCUUAUGUGUAUGUUAC